ACACAAAUGCGUCGUCGAAAACGUGAAAGACGUGAAACAUAGACGUGAAACAUGUCCUUGCCGUGAUGAGCCCGAGCGCCUGAGUUUCGUCGGUCGGUGGUGCGCGCUCGUUUUCGCCGUGAGUGCCAUGGGAGUGUGUGUUUAAAGAGUGCGUAGUAGGCGCGAGUGCUCACCACAACAGCGUACAACGCGUACUUCGAUCGCGCUUCGCGCGUCGUUCCUACAGGAAAUAUUCUCCACUCAGCGGAUUUCAAUAAUAACAAUAAUAAUGUCCAGUGAAGGCCGCUCGCCUUCGCUGCUGCGAUAGUUCCGCGCACAUUGCGUGGUGGCAUACUGCACACUUGGACUCUCAGUUACACAUCGGCAGCGAGUGCGAAAAUAUUUUGCUGCGUGUGACGAUUUUUUUUUUAAUUAGUGGAUUUUCGUGAACGAAAGUUCAAGAUGAUCACCUCAGAGGAAUUGUAUCCCAGGUCAUGUGUCCAGCCCAAAAGAUCACUGGUUGUGAAAGAGGGCUGGCUGUUCAAGCGAGGAGAACACAUUAGAAAUUGGAGACCUAGAUUUUUUAUGCUCUUCAAUGAUGGUAGCUUAAAAGGAUACAAAAAUCAACCAGACAUGAGUCAGCCGCUUCCAGAACCAUACAAUAACUUCACAGUGAGAAAUUGCCAGAUAAUGACAAACGAUCGGCCCAAACCGUUCACGUUCAUCAUUCGUGGCCUACAACUUACAUCUGUGAUAGAACGAAUGUUUCACGUCGAAUCCGCAGCUGACCGUGAUGAAUGGGUAGCUGCUAUUAAAAGUACCUCUGGUAACUAUGUAGUUGAAGAUAACGAUAUUGAAAUGUGUGUAGAGCAGAGUGAAGAACUCUCCGAAAAGUUCUCCAAUCAAGGCACAUCAAUAUCGAAAUCAACGGGCAAGAAAAAGGUUACGCUUGAGAGUUUUGAGUUUUUAAAAGUACUCGGCAAGGGAACGUUUGGUAAAGUAAUUCUGUGUAGAGAGAAAGCCACCGGCCGCUUGUUUGCCAUUAAAAUAUUAAAGAAAGAAGUCAUCAUUCAGAAGGAUGAGGUGGCGCACACAGAGACUGAAAACCGCGUGCUAAAAACGACAAAUCAUCCGUUCCUCACGUCGCUUAGGUAUUCGUUUCAGACCAACGACAGAUUGUGCUUUGUAAUGGAGUAUGUCAACGGUGGUGAGCUAUUUUUUCAUUUGUCAAGGAAGCGCGUCUUCGAUGAAGACCGCACACGGUUUUACGGUGCGGAAAUCAUCUCGGCAUUGGCCUAUCUACAUUCACAGGGGAUUAUUUACCGCGACCUAAAACUAGAGAAUCUUUUACUCGAUAAAGAUGGACAUAUUAAAAUAACUGAUUUCGGUUUAUGUAAAGAGGAUAUUACUUAUGGCAGAACAACAAGGACCUUCUGUGGUACACCAGAAUAUUUAGCGCCUGAGGUGUUGGAGGAUAAUGAUUAUGGCAGAGCUGUGGAUUGGUGGGGAAUCGGUGUAGUUAUGUAUGAAAUGAUGAUCGGAAGAUUGCCUUUUUAUAAUAAGGACCACGAUAUUCUAUUUACAUUGAUUAUGAUGGGUGAUGUAAAAUUCCCGAAAGCAUUGAGCAGCAAUGCGAAAGAUUUACUCUCCCGACUGCUGGUAAAAGAUCCAGCGCAACGAUUAGGCGGCGGGCCUGAUGAUGCACAGGAAAUUAUGGUGCAUCCGUUCUUCAGCAGUAUAAACUGGACUGAUUUGGUAGCUAAACGAAUUCCAGCACCGUUUUUACCUCAGGUGACUAGCGAGACCGACACGCGCUAUUUUGAUUCAGAGUUUACAGGUGAAAGCGUUGAAUUGACACCGCCCGAUACGAUGGCGCCAUUGCGCGCCAUCCAGGAGGAGCCGUACUUCCCGCAGUUCAGUUUUCAAGACACACUGUCUUCCACGCUAGGCACUUCCGCUCACAUAAGUGGUAAUCUGAGCGGUGGCGUUGCCACCAUCCACCAGUGAGCGCCAAUGCAGUUAUUUAGGUAAUUUAUAGCGAUUUGUAAAUUGUAACGUGUACUUACAAUUAAUAACUAAAACUAAACUACAUGCAUAUUGUCAAUGAUUUUAGGAAAGCGAUGUGAGCGUUAUGAUUGUAGUGUUUUUUUCUUCUUUGUUUUGUUGAUCGAACCGUUGUUGCUAAAUAUUGUGUAAAUAGUUUGUGAUAUUUUGUAUGCUCUGAUGUAGCAACUUCAUAGCGUGUAGUAAUGCACAAACAAUUGUAAUUGCGCUCAAAUUUAUAUACUACAUGGUGCCUCAGGCAUGGGACAUACUAAGCGAAAGAAGUUUGGAAACAACAUUUUACAUUUACACACACGCUGGUAAAAAAUAGUUAUGUCUAAUAAUUUUUGUUUGUUUUGUGAUUUGUUGAGAUUAAUUUAUAAACAAAUUGAACAUACUCCUACAUGGUCACCGCAUAAAGUUGAUAUUUAGGUUUGUUGAACGGUUUGUCAGUUUAGAGUUUUCAAUAAUAUUCAAAUAGCCAACGAUUUAAUCAUGCGAGGAAAAAGUCCAAUGAUUUUUUGAAACAUUGCGGUACGAUGUAAAUAUUUCCUUGAUUACUAUCGACGUGGUUUUGAUGAUAUUUAUUGUGAGCUAUUUGAAUUCAGUGAAUGAAUUGUCAAUGAGAUAGAGAAACAUGAAAUGAACAGGAAUUGUUGUAUACGAAGCUGGUUACUAGGCAUGUUAUAAGCAGAUUGAAAUACUAAUUAAGAAAAUUGGGAAUAUAAUAUUUUUAAAUAUCGGCUAAAUUAAAUUUAAACGAUGAGAAUGUAAUUAGAUAAUAUCGAUACAUAUAAACUAUUGCUUGUUACAACGUAUUUAAUGAUUAUAAAUUAUAACUGUAUUGAAUUUGUUUCGUCUAAAUUACUACAACUGCAAGAUUGAUGGCUAAAUUUGAUGAUGAUGGUUCAUUUUGUAUGGCCCAACUUAAGUAAUUUUUUCAAGAGACCAAAUAUAUCUACUUGUACACGUAAAAGUAGAUUAUUGAAUGAGAAAAAAACCAGAAGAACAUUAAAUGCUGUUAAGGAAAUGUAUAAAAUGUAUUUGUAACAAAUAUCAAUUUUUGCAUAAUAAAUAUAAUUUAAUCAAA